UGUGCUUCCCCGCAGCAUAGUUGAGGGGUAGCUGGCUCCCUUGUUGCCCAGCUCUGCUCUGCUCUGCGUGACAGCACACCAUCGAGCUAGUACAGCCACGUACGCCGCACUUCCAAAGUCUUUCACCUCGCGUCUCAGUUAUUUAGCACCUAUCUCCGAAGUACCCGCUUUUGGUCAUUAUGAAAGCUGAAGGUGAUGUUAUCAUACCUCUUGCUGAGUCACUGGGCAGAGCUACAACCUCGCACGACGUUCAAGUACUCUCCUCGAGAGCAGCGCGAACUCAACAGCGAGGGCCCUUACUCAGCGGAAAGCUUCGGCCGCAUGCACGCGUGUCUGUCGUGCAAGGAACGGUGUGGUGCAGAAACCUCCACAAUCACGUCAGACACUCCACGGCUGUCUCAUCUCCAUCGGCGUUGUCCUAUCUCGAUCGGCUUUUGUCCUUAUUUCCGGCCUCAUAUAACCGACUCACCACCCGCACUCUGCGGAUCUCGCGGCCGCUUAUCUGCAGACACGACAGCUAUGAGUCACAGCGGGCUGUUGCAAGGUCAAGGUUUCAAAUAGCCAUCCAUCCAUCGUACAUGUCCCGCACCGUAAAG